AUGGAAAAAGAAGUGUUGAGUUUUUACUCAGACUUGGUGGGUACAGCUACUACUAAGUUGAAUCACAUGGACAUUGAUGUUAUUAGGAAAGGAGCCCAGCUAAUUGAAGCUAGCAAGGCCAGUUUGAUUAAACCUUUCUCUAAGAAGGAGGUUUGGGAUUCCCUAAAUAAUAUAGCUGAUGACAAGACCCCAGGGUUAGACGGUUUCUCUGCUAAAUUCUUCAAAAGUUCCUGGAAUAUUGUGAAAAGUGAUUUGUUUGCAGCUAUCCACGAUUUCUAUCAGCAUAAUCAUAUACUUGCAGCGAUCAAUUAUGCAGUUGUAUCUCUUAUUCAUAAAAUCCAUGAUGUAGAAUAUAUGAAGGACCUUCGACCUAUUUCUUGUUGUACCACAAUGUAUAAGAUCCUGUAA